UCAGACUGACACUUAUUCAACACUGCCACCUUAAGCAGAUUACUUUUGCGCUGCCUGUGUCAAAUACGUGGUUCACUUUGCCUCUCCAUCAUGUUUAGGAUGCUGAAACACCAUCUCCACCCGGGCAUUAUUCUCUUAUUGAUAUGGCUUUGUCAUCUCAUGGAAGAUCAAAAAGUUCAAGCUGGGAACUGCUGGCUGCAGCAGGGGAAGAACGGGAGGUGCCAGGUGCUCUACAUGCCUGGCAUGAGCAGGGAGGAGUGCUGUCGAAGUGGAAGGCUGGGGACGUCCUGGACCGAAGAGGACGUCCCCAACAGUACGCUCUUUAGGUGGAUGAUCUUCAAUGGCGGAGCCCCCAAUUGCAUACCUUGCAAAGGUGGAGAAACCUGCGAUAAUGUUGACUGCGGGCCUGGGAAGAGGUGCAAGAUGAACAGAAGGAGUAAACCACGUUGCGUGUGUGCGCCAGACUGCUCCAACAUCACAUGGAAAGGGCCGGUCUGCGGCUCCGAUGGGAAGACCUACAAAGACGAGUGCGCACUCCUCAAGUCGAAAUGUAAAGGUCAUCCCGAUCUGGAUGUGCAGUACCAGGGAAAGUGCAAGAAAACGUGCCGUGACGUCUUGUGCCCUGGCAGCUCCACAUGCGUUGUGGACCAGACCAAUAACGCGUAUUGUGUGACGUGUAAUCGGAUUUGCCCCGAGGUGACGUCGCCUGAGCAGUACCUGUGUGGAAACGAUGGGAUCAUCUAUGCCAGUGCCUGUCACCUGAGAAGAGCUACCUGUCUUCUUGGCAGAUCCAUCGGAGUGGCAUAUGAGGGGAAAUGCAUAAAGGCCAAGUCGUGUGAGGACAUCCAGUGCAGCGCAGGGAAAAAGUGUCUGUGGGACGCCAGGAUGAGCCGGGGCCGCUGCUCACUCUGUGACGAGACCUGUCCGGAGAGCCGGACGGACGAGGCUGUGUGUGCCAGCGACAAUACCACAUAUCCCAGUGAAUGUGCCAUGAAGCAAGCUGCUUGUUCUUUGGGGGUGCUGCUGGAGGUCAAGCACUCGGGAUCUUGCAACUCCAUUACGGAAGACCAGGAGGAGGAUGAGGAAGAUGAGGACUCAGACUACAUGGCCUAUGUCCAUUUAUCUUCUAUACUGGAUGGAUAGGCUGCCAUCACUAGGGGAACAGUCCUAGGGCAAGGAAUCAUGUCCAUACUGUACAUUAUGUGUAUGCUUAUUUAUUUUUUAAAGAAAAAAGGAAGUAUACAUAUAGUUCAGUCUGCUAGAUGUUUAUUUAUACUGUUUUUUUUUCUCGUGUUUUAUAAUUUAUACAUUUACAAUGUCAGGCUUACAAUCUACCAUGAAAUAUUGUGUUACCACUCAUUUUCCCCUUUUGUUGUUGUCCCUUUUACGUUCUUUUUUAUCAUGAAGAAAUAUAUUUGUCCAAAGAGAAGCAGUGUUAUUUAUUUGUCCUGUUACAGUGUAAGUAUAAGUCUUCUGCAAGCUGUAAAUUGCAUUCCCUGAGCUGUAAAAAUCUGCUUGUUACUGUCAAAUCUUCAUCACAGAUGUUUAUGUCACACAUAUGUAAAUGCAUGUUUAGGCUGUGUGUUUAUUUAUUGGGAAUAUAUCAAUCAUUUUAUGUACAGAAGUGUUUCUGGUUUGUUUACAACUCAUUAUAACUGACCAAAGGGAUUUUCUCAAUGGUUCUGCAAAGGUGCGUUGUAAAAGGUGCAACACGGUGGUGAUGAAAAGGAAGAGAAAAAAGAGCCAUUUGAUUUUUAUUACUCUUCAAGUUUAGUCCUUUAGAUUUGUUUCCCCAUGGAGAUGUCAACUCUAGAGAUUAUUCAGUAUAGCAUUCGUUUUUAUUCACCACAUUAGAGCAGAGAUGAGUUUUGGAUGAUACUUGAUUAUUUUGGAAAAAUGUGCCAUUAACAUUUGUGUGCUGUCUUCUUGCCAAUGUGCUCCAUAUUGCUCUUGCAGAGCUAAAAUAGGAUAACAUACAACAGUACUCAACACUAUAUCAAACUUCAUCACGUUCAUCACUUCGCUUAUUCCUGUUUUUGUUUUUGUUUUUUCUCAGAAUGCAUUUUUAUUUUCAAACAUCACAAGAGAAAUACAAAAUUCUGUUAUGAAUAUAUAGUUUUGUAUUUUUUAUGUAAAUGUCAUAUGUACAUAAAAAGUUUGAUGGUAUUUGUACAGAUAUGAAGAGUGAAACAAUAAAAGUUUUUUCCUUAUA